AAUCCCUUCGCAUUUACUCCUGAUCAGCUCUCUGACCUCAUGGACCCAAAGAAUUUGCCUCUUCUCGCAAGUCUUGGGGGUCUAUUGGGCAUCGCAAGAGGUCUCCAUGUCAACCUAUCUACAGGCUUAAUCCCAAACGCUGAUAUUCACUCCCCAAUAACCAUCGAACAAAUCUUAAGCAAACCCGAAAUCAUUUCCAAUCAGUCAAACGAUAUAUCACCCAAUAUUGAUCCACAAUCGACCGAAACUGAAGGAAAUCUAGAGUCCCAAAGUCCCUUUCCACAGAGACUACACAUCUAUGGUUCAAAUGUCCUCCCAGAAGUCAAGACAAAAUCAAUAUUCCAUCUCAUGUGGGUAGCCUUCCAAGACAAAACGUUGAUCCUUUUAUCAAUCGCGGCCGUUGUAUCUCUCAGUGUUGGCCUCUAUGAAGAUAUUGCCGUACCUGAAUAUGACUCUCUUGGUAACCGAAUAGCAGGCGUAAAAUGGGUUGAAGGUGUGGCAAUCAUCAUUGCCAUUCUACUUGUUGUUCUUAUUGGCAGUGCAAAUGAUUAUCAAAAAGAAAAGCAAUUCCAAAAACUGAAUGCAAAAAAGGAAGAUCGGUCAGUCAAAGCAACACGAGGAGGUAUUCCUUUACUAGUUCCAGUACGGGAUAUCCAAGUCGGCGAUAUUUUACAUCUCGAGCCAGGAGACAUUGCGGCUACAGAUGGUAUAUUUAUUCAAGGCCACAACUUACGAUGUGAUGAGUCUGCUGCUACAGGAGAAUCAGAUGCUGUUCGCAAACAAGACUGGCAGCUGUGCUAUACUCUCUGGAAGGAAGACCAAGAUAACCUAUUAUUAAAGGAAAAAACUUCCAACCCAACUCUCAAGCCCUCAAAAUCCAUGCCAGACCCUUUCAUUAUUUCCGGCUCAAAGGUUCUCGAGGGUUCGUGUACCUACCUUGUCACAGCCAUCGGGCAAAAUUCAUAUUACGGUCGGACUAUGAUGGCAUUACGAUCCGAGCCAGAAACAACACCUCUUCAAGAGAAGCUCAAUGGCCUUGCAGAUAUGAUUGCCAAACUUGGAUCAGCUGCUGGAAUAUUGAUGUUAAUUGUACUUUUGAUCCGCUACUUUGUGGGAUGGAAAGAGGGAAUUCCUAGCCAGGCAACUACAAUUGUAAUGGAUAUUAUGAAGAUCUUAAUUGUUGUUGUCACAAUUGUUGUCGUGGCUGUACCAGAAGGUCUUCCCUUAGCAGUUACGCUUGCCUUAGCAUAUGCAACUCAGCGCAUGCUAAAAGACAACAAUCUCGUCCGAGUGUUAGCAGCAUGUGAAACUAUGGGAAAUGCUACAACCGUAUGCUCUGACAAGACUGGUACACUCACACAAAAUAAGAUGACCGUCGUCGCGGGAACCCUCGGAGUCUCCUUUAGAUUUGUAGAAAAAAGCACUGAACCAAGGGCAGACAUUACCGAGAUUGCCGCCCUACCGCAAAAGGUGCCUUUUGUUGUCCUAAAUAUACUCCAUCAGUCAAUUGCUCUCAAUAGCUCGGCAUUCGAGACUACAGACGAUAAGGGCGAGACCCAAUUUGUAGGUAACAAGACCGAAACAGCUCUGUUGGCAUUCUCUCGUGCCACAGGUUCAAAGCCCUACGACGCACUACGCAACAGUUUGCCAGUUGAACAGAUGUUUCCUUUUAGUUCCGAGCGUAAAGCCAUGGCUGUAGUAAUACGUAUCCCGCACCCUACCGAUCCACAUCGUUGUCUAUACCGUGCACACAUCAAAGGGGCCUCUGAGCUAUUCUUGGAACAGUGUUCUUUUAUCGUCUCACUCAAAGCCGAAAAUUACGACUCUUCCAACCUAGACCAAGAGGUUAUCAAGACACGCCCAUUGACAGCUGAAGACCGUAAGCGAGUAGAACAUACCAUUCAGACCUAUGCACUGCGCAGUCUGCGGACUAUAGGAAUAGGAUAUCGUGACUUUGAGACUUGGCCACCACACAUGCAAGAUCCCGAUGGCGAAGUAAACUUUGAAGAUCUUGUGCAUGGCAACAAUAUCACCCUCCUCGGUAUCGUUGGUAUCCAGGAUCCGCUUCGACCGGGUGUCACAGAAGCCGUCAAGGCAUGCCAGCAAGCAGGUGUGUUUGUAAGGAUGGUGACCGGAGAUAAUCUAGUGACAGCCAAAAGUAUUGCAAAAGAAUGUGGUAUAUAUACACAGGGCGGCAUUGUGAUGGAAGGCCCAGUAUUUCGUGCCCUCCCGCAAUCUGAAAUGGACACUGUCCUCCCGCGCCUCCAGGUCUUGGCUAGAUCGAGCCCGGAAGACAAAAGGAUCCUCGUGAGCCGUCUCAGAGAACUAGGGGACAUUGUGGCUGUCACUGGAGACGGUACAAACGAUGGCCCGGCCCUGAAGAUGGCCGAUGUAGGAUUCUCAAUGGGAAUUGCAGGUACCGAAGUAGCCAAGGAAGCCUCGAGCAUUAUCUUGAUGGACGAUAACUUUUCGAGUAUUGUAAAGGCCAUUAUGUGGGGCAGGUGUGUAAACGAUGCGGUUAAGAAGUUUCUCGAGUUCCAGAUCACUGUCAACCUCACUGCAGUCAUCCUUACUUUCAUUUCUGCUGUCGUGAGUUCAAAUCAGAAAUCAGUGCUUACUGCUGUCCAGUUGCUGUGGGUCAACUUGAUUAUGGACACUUUUGCUGCUCUGGCCCUGGCUACAGACCCACCCACUCCUGAAUUAUUGUUGCGUGCGCCUGAAUCGCGAUCAUCUCCACUAAUUACUUUGAAAAUGUGGAAAAUGAUUAUCGGUCAAGCAAUAUUUCAGAUCAUUGUCACUCUUGUGUUGCUGUAUGGAAAUGUAUUGGAGCAUGAUACUGAGGAUGUAAUUCUUCAGACCAUCGUAUUUAACACCUUUGUGUUUUGUCAGAUAUUUAACGAGCUCAAUUGCCGAAGAAUCGAUAGUAAACUAAAUGUGUUUUCCAAUAUCUGGGCAAACAAGUUCUUUAUCGGUAUUUUUGUAGUGUGUGUUGUUGGACAGUGCUUGAUUGUACAAUUCGGAGGAGAAGCCUUCCAGGUUAUACCCUUGAAUGGACCACACUGGGCAAUUUCACUUGUAAUUGGUGUAUUGAGUCUUCCAAUUGGUGUAGUAAUCAGACUUAUUCCCGAUGACUUGUUCGCA